GCAGGGGCCUCAGGGCCAGUAGCGGGGUACCGUCCUGCAGCAGCAGCACCUAGCAGCAGCAGCACCACUCGCAGUCUAGCAGCGGGACUCCAGGCUCUCACUUCCCCAGCUGCUGACGUCAGCUGGCAGCCUGGGUUGAGCUCGCCGCUCCGGACAUAGCGACGAGAAAAAUGCUGCUCUCCGUACCGCCAAGGACAGGAAUCAACCCCUACAACGGCUACAACAGCAGAAACAGCAAAAAGCAGGCCUAUGUGUCCUCCGCCCACCAGAUGGCACCCCCCAGUCCCAACACCAACAGUAGUAGCAACAGCAGCAGCGGAGGUGGGGAACAUCUAAGUAAAACGAACUUAUAUAUUCGCGGCCUCCAUCCAGGAACUACGGAUCAGGACCUGGUGAAGCUCUGCCAACCGUAUGGCAAAAUCGUGUCCACCAAAGCCAUUUUGGACAAAACAACCAACAAAUGUAAAGGGUAUGGCUUUGUGGAUUUUGACAGUCCAGCUGCUGCACAAAAAGCGGUCACAGCUCUGAAAUCCAGCGGGGUCCAGGCUCAGAUGGCCAAACAACAGGAGCAGGACCCCACCAACCUCUACAUCUCCAACCUACCAGUGUCCAUGGAUGAGCAGGAGCUGGAGAACAUGCUGAAGUCUUUCGGCCAGGUCAUUUCUACGCGCGUCCUCCGAGAUGCCAACGGGACUAGUCGUGGCGUGGGAUUUGCAAGAAUGGAGUCCACAGAGAAGUGCGAGGCCAUAAUUCAGCAUUUCAAUGGCAAAUUCAUCAAGACUCCCCCAGGAGUGCUCGCACCCACAGAGCCCUUAUUAUGCAAGUUUGCAGACGGGGGUCAGAAGAAGAGGCAGAGCCAGGGGAAGUAUCUCCAGAAUGGAAGGCCCUGGGCUCGAGACGGAGAUACGGGAGGAAUGACGCUAGCGUAUGACCCAACAGCCUUACAGAAUGGUUUCUACUCGUCACCCUACAGUCUGGCUCCGAACCGAAUGAUUGCUCAGACUUCCCUCUCGCCCUACAUGCAUUCUCCUGUCUCCUCCUACCAGGUACACAGCCCGUCCUGGAUGCACCACCAGUCAUACCUCAUGCAGCCAGCUGGUACAGUGCUAACCCCAACAAUGGAGCAUGCCAUGUCCAUCCAGCCCACGUCCAUGAUGGGGCCUCUCACUCAGCAAUUAAGCCACCUGUCUCUGGGCAGCACGGGCACAUAUAUUCCAGCCAACACUACUAUGCAGGGGACCUAUAUCCCCCAGUACACCCCAGUGCCUCCCCCCAAUGUUCCAGUAGAGGAGAAUGGUGGCCAGCAGCAGCAGGUUGCCAUGGAGAAUCCGGCAGAACAUACAAACUACUCAUACCAACACACCAAGUGAAGCUAAGCUCCCACCAAUGAGAAGCCGCAGGGCGGGAAACGAAUCCAACCAAAACAGGAUUAAGCUGGAAGAGAUCUCUACCAUAACCAAGCACCGGGACUUGAACAUGGAUAACAAAAGGAACAUGUGUGUGCCAGUGAGUGUGUUUGUUUGUACUCGUGGGUGUGAAUGUGUCAGUGUCUGUUUGUUUUUGUGUUUUUUUUGUUUUCUUCUUUUCUUUUUCCUUAAGAAAAAGGACAACAAUUAACUUCAUUGAACUCUUCAGCUCACAUCCUCAAGAUUUGACCAACCAAAGGUGGUAAUGUUCUUCAAAGCAGAUUGGAUCUAUAUUGAGAAGUGAAAAAGGAAAAAUAACAAAGUUGUUUAAAGAAAAUGUAAAAAAAAAACAACAAAAAAAAAAAUAGGAGAGGAAGACAUGACACAGAGCAUUAUUUUUUGUGGUAUAGCAAAUUCUUAUUUUUAAAAAAAGCAUUCUGGAUGUUUCAGAGUGAUUCAAGGAAGAGUUGAAACACAAUGUGUCUUUUAUUGAUGUGUAAAAUAUGCAAACUUUUAUUUUUAUUUUCUGAUGUCUGUUGUUUGACAUUCUAUUUGCAGCAGCAGCAAUUUGUACAGAUUUCAAAACCUUUUACUGGUCUGAUGUGUGGAGUCAUUCUAAACCGUUUAAAGCUACUUCUUCUAGUAACUGCUGCAGAGAUUUCUAUUCACAAAUGACUGAGGAUAACAUGGACUGUGCAUAGCUUUUGUUUAUUUAGACCAUAUCAGAAUAAAAGACAAUCAAUUAUUUAUAUUUAUAUUUGAAUCAUAGUUCUAUUUUUCGGAGUUUUGAAUCACUGAAGCGUACAUUUAUUAAAGAGAAGUUAUAAGAAGCUGUACUCUUUAAAGACAAACUAAAAUGGACUUACAAAACUUGACCAAACACAGUAAUGGGUUCUCUAAAAAGACUUUUGUUUUUUGGGGGCUUAGUGACUUUUAGUCAUGUAUUUAUCAGCUAAAAGGAACAUAAAAAUGACUUGUGUUUAUCCUGUUAAGUUAGAUUGCAAUCUCAUAGCAUACUCUUGUCUGUGCAUAGGCAUGGGCCGAUGUCCUGCAGUUUUACAAAGUCAUGGUUUCGAAACACCGAAAAUAUUGCAUCUCGCCAAAAUUGUAACUAUAUAAUAUGCGAUAGUGCGAUAAUUUAAGGUAUUAUGUUGAAACACAAUUUGACAACAAACUGAAAGAAUCACCAUGUCUGUCAGGGAAACAUACAGGCUAAUACAGUCUAGCUAACAGGACAGCUAAUCUAGAUAAAUAUCUAGCUAACAUUAGCUUUUCAGACUCCAAACAUAACUUUACAAAAAGCAAAACAUCAGAAAAGAUAUAAUUGUGUUUUUCUUGUCAAUUCGCUCUUGCUAAAAGUAGUGUAACCAAAAAUGGGAAAACUCACCUGAGCCAUACCCUUUAUUAAAAGCUAUAUAUUUGAGUUUGUAUGUUGAUAGAAAAUUUGGCUACAAACUACAAUACUUGCCGUACAACACUCCUGGCCUUUCUUAUCAAAGAGCCGAAUGGAGCAAGUACAACAAGCAUCCAUAGGUUAGGAAUAUAUAGAUUUUGCUGGUGUGUAUUUCAAAUGUUUGAUUAGCUCUCCCUAGGUCUCUCGUGUUCAGCUAACAGGGAUUUUAAAUUUUACCUCAGUUACUUCGGUCUUCAUCUUAAAAAUAUCUAGAACUUAUGCUGAUUUAAAAUCAAAGACAUUACAUAAUACUAAAAAAAACUAAGUUUCAAGCAACAGUGUUCUCUCGUUCUGCUUACAUGUGUCAGUGCAUCAAAACUAAAAUGGCUAUAGAUAUGGAUUUUUAUUAUGAUAGCUAUAAUAAAAAUCAAUAUUUUAGUAGCAAGUAAAGGUAGUACAUCUUUGCUUUUCAAUAAAGCAAUUUGGCCAUAUCACAGUUUUGUAGCCAAUUUCCAUCUAGUUUAGUAAAGCCUGUGAAGCUGCAGAUAAUACAUUUCAGCUGAUUCUGAUUUAUUUUAAGAACUACAAUUAACAGCAUUUAAAAUAUUUUUUUCUAGCCUUCCUGCUGUGAUGGGGUAUUAUUUGUAGUAGGAUUAAAGCCACUUUGCAUAUGAGAAAGGAGCCUCUGUAAAACAGGGUUUUACUGUCAUUAGAAAAUUGAAAUGAUUGAAGUGUGAACAUUUUAAACUGUCUUUAGCAUCCUAUAUUAGUAAUGAGCCUAGUUAGCAUUAGUAACAGUUAAGUGCUGUUUUGGAUGUGAAAUGCUUUAGAGAAUGUAGAUCCUUACCUUAACAGAGAGACUUUCAAAAGGAUGCCAACAUUUCUAAAUUCAACAUGCCCCAUGGCACUUACACGUCAACAAAAUAAAAUAGAUCAACUUUGACAACUGCCUGUUGUCAGCCUGUUUAAAAGUAGCUGCCUGAAUGAACAGCAGAGAUGACACAGUAGAAAAUGGCAUCCUCUGAAAAAUCUCUUUAAACUUUUUGCCCUUCUUUUGACUUCAUCUAUAAACACAUUACUGAUGCUGAAAAUAGCUAACUUUGAGUCUUCUUCCUUCUGUAACAAAUUCCACGCUAAAGAGUGUUGCUGUUAGCCAACUCUGGUUACCAAUUCCUCUGUGCUUCUCUAAUUUUUAACUUUAUUCAAUAUUAGUGUUUCAAUACCUGUUAACUCUGGUAUUUUUGCUUAUGUCUAUUAACCCAGCAGGUUCCACACCGGCCCAUGCCUAUCUCUGAGAAGUGGUUUUAAGCGGUUUUUUUGCAGCUAGCAUCAGGCAUCCUUUAAUUGUCACAGGGGUAAGGUGAACACGCUUUAGAAAGAAGCAGUUCAAUAUUAUGUGUAAAAAGAGCAAUGCAGUUGCUAAAUUAAAAUGUAAUUUAGUAAAAGCAAUGAGGGAAAUUAAAUGGAAGACUUAGAAAAUCCCACAGAAUGAUUUUGCCUGACAGAAAAGGGAGCGAUAAGUCUUUUUUUCCAAUGCUGCUGUCACCUGAGUUUGAUUCUGUCAGUGAGUUUUUUAGUUUGUAGAAAGAUUUUUUUUUCUGUUUUUUGUUGUUUCUCUUAUUUUGUUUGUUUCUCAAAAGAUUUGCCUUUUUUGAUUAAAUGUUCUUAGGUUAGAUUCUAGCUGUAGAAUUUUGCUCUUCACUGAGAUUAGAUGUUAGUUGUUUUCUUCAAAUGGUUUGAGGCUGUUCUCUUGUCCACAUCAAGUUUUAUCUUGUUUUACUUUCCGUUCCAAGUCUUGUGUCGUCUGUCUGUCCUCAUAUUGUGUCCAAACUGUUUGUAGGAAGCCUUUCAGAGCCGAGAGCUCAACCAAACUGACUUAAAUGUUGUGCUGAUCUAAAGGAUUUAUCCUGCUUCCUGCUGCAGUGUUCAAAUACCAGUCAGCACAUCAAGUGAAGUGAAGCUCCUGUCACCAUGUUCAUUCAGAUACGUUUACCUGUAAAUGUAUAGACACCAGAACUGUAAGUACUAGUAAGUAGUGGUGUUUUACAAAGGACUGCUCACAAGACCAUGGAAGUGCCAUUACAGAUGAUUCUUACAGCCUUAGUGAGACUGCAAGUCUGAAUGAAUUUGUGGGAGAGCCAAAAUUCUGCAAAAAAAAACCAAAAAAAUAAUGAAGCCUUACUGAUCCUUCUCUGGAUAAACUGCCUGAUUUUUACAGAAUUGACUUUUAUUUGUGUAUAUACUAUGAAAAUGGCAACAGGCUUCUUUGCAUCUCAUAUAGUUAGUUGUUACAUCAGAGUAGCUGCUGGUUCUUGAGGAACUUUUUUGCCAUUCUGUUUAAACAUUUUUCAAUCCAAUGAAAGGUAGAUGGUGUCUGUCUUAAGGCUUCACAUUUUGCUGCUUUACGUUUCUGCAACCAAAGAUGUUGUAGCCAUCUCCGUUUUAGAUCUUGCGUCUCACACAAACUUUGUUUUGUUAAGAUACUAUUUUUAUUCUGAUGAACUCAGACAUUAAAAUAGGGUAACAAGUAUGCAAUCAUGCUCUCAAUUAUGACUACAGGUUAAGUUGUCAAUUUAUUCUUUCAGUUGCAGUCCUAUUAAGAUGAUGUGUCAAAAAAUGUCCUCUAGGUACAUUUUUUAACAUUUGUAGGGUGGGGUUUCCUGCAUUGUAAAUAGGAAAGCUUUGAAGUGCAUGCAAACACAGGUGAAUUUAUGGGGGCUCGACACACAUCCAGGAGGAUCACAGAGUGCAGCAUGUUAAACAUGACAGUUUUCAGACACAAGAUAUUUUGUAAAUAGUCUUCCUUUCCUUCCACCUCCUCUCUCUUUACCAUUCUAUUUGUUUCUUUUUGUGUGAUUUAUUGAUUUUGUUUUGUUUUAUGAUUUUAUGACCUGUCCAUAUAACAUCGUGACUAUCAAGUUUUCAGAUUCAGUGCACCAUGAAGGAAAUAUCCAAAUAAAUGCUAUUCCAUGUGUUAGCCACCACUUUUCAUACAAAAACCAUGAUGUUUGAAACUAUGAAAUGACCAUGUGUUAGUUGCAAAGCAGUGUUUAUUUAUUUUUGUAUUUUUUUACAACAGAGAUAAUGUAACAAAAAGUCAUAUUUGUAAAUGAACUUGUCUUUUAAUUGCAAUAUUAUAAGAAAAAAAUACUCAGACUAAUUAUGUAGAUAGUACACACAAUUUAAAAUUUUAAAAUAAUUUGUUGCACUUACUAAUAUUUCAAAUGCUCUUUUUUUAAAUCCAUCCUCAAGUCAAUUUGAUGGCUUGUUUCAUAGUUUCAAAUUGUUUCGCUGCUAAGAUAGGAUUUCCAAGCAGGUGGUUUUAGGCAGUCCAGCCUGGGUUUUUACAGUGUUACACAUCUGUUGUAGUGAGAUCUAAUGGCCCAAUUUUCUGUUUGCUCCACCUCUCUUUAUGAGAGGGCAGGAGAAACCACAGUGGCUAUAGGAAGAACAAAACAUCCGCUCUAAAGCAAAUGUGUGUUUUGUCUUAGAGCUGCCAUGGUAACGUGAUGGCAAAACCAGCCAUUUUGGGUCUGGAUUGCUUGUUUUGAGUGAUUUACAGCAAAUAAAAAUCUGAUUUCUAUUCCACACUAGUAAAAAUACCGCUAGGCGUAUGUCCUAUGAGAUCGGCUGAAAUUAUACUUACUGUACCUUUUAUUAUCCCUAAAGGGAAAUAACUCAAGGAACUAAUAUUGAACUCUCCACUCUGAACUUUUGUGAAGCAUUCUAAAAAUCCACUGGGCUCAUCAACCUCCCUGUUUGUGAACAUUUAAUUAUUUAUACAAUAACUCAUUUUGUACAGUUUUGUUAGAGAAAAGAGGUUUUCUAUUUGGUUUAUUUUGCAAAUGCCACUUGGCCACUUUUUGUCUUCCUGUGCCAGAGUUGCUAAAUUGUCUUUAACUUGUGUUUUCUUUUUUUUUUUUAUUGAUUGAGACAAGAUUUUACUUCUUCUUUGGAUUUCUCUUUGAAUUUGUCAGUUUUUUCUUUUUUUAAUAAAAAAACUUGGUUUUAA